AUGGAGAAAGCAGCGGUGGAAGAUGACGGGCUUGUCAUCCCCCUCAUCGACUUCUCCAAGUUCCUCGAAGGCACACCUAUCCAAAAGGCGGAAACAGCCAAGGCCAUCCUAACAGGCUUCCAAAACGCCGGCUUCAUCUACCUGUCCAACAUCCCCAUCCCAGCCUCCACAGUCGCCGAGGCCUUCGAAACCUCAGCUCACUUCUUCCGCCUCCCAACCGCCACCAAAGAGUCCCUCUCCUGGACCACGCCCCAAGCCAACCGCGGCUACUCCGCCCCCGGCCGCGAGAAAGUCUCUCAACUCCCCACCAACGCCGACGUCGCCGCCCUGCGCACCACCACCCCAGACAUCAAGGAGUCCUUCGAAAUCGGCCGCGACAACGAACCCGGCCACCCCAACCGCUGGCCAACCGAGGACGACACCGCCCCCAUCGCGCCAGACCUCACAGCCGCCGCCUUCCGCCAGACCAUGUCCGCCUUCUUCGCAUCCCUCGCCGAGCUGCACAAAGCUGUCAUGCGCGCCAUCGCGGUGGGCAUGGACCUUUCCGAAACCCACUUUGACCCCUUCGUCGACGAGCGCGACAACACCCUGCGCUUGCUGCACUACCCGGCCGUGCGCCGCGACCUGUUCCGUCUGCAUCCGGGCCAGGUGCGCGCCGGCGAACACUCCGAUUACGGGUCUAUUACUUUCCUGUUUCAGGACCAGCGCGGCGGGUUGCAGGUGCAGAGCCCGAACGGGAAGUUUGUAGACACCACGCCAAUUGAGGGGACGUGUGUGGUGAAUGCGGGAGAUUUGUUGGCGCGGUGGAGUAAUGAUACGAUUAAGAGUACGGUGCAUCGGGUGGUGGAGCCGCCGAGGAAGGAGGGGGAAGAUGGGGAAGGCGAAGGAGAGACGUACCCGGCGAGGUAUAGCAUUGCGUACUUUUGCAACCCCAACUUCAAGGAUUUCAUCGAGGCGAUCCCGGGGACGUACGCUACGGAGGCGGACAAGAAGUAUGAGGGUAUCAACAGCGGAGAGUAUUUAGUCCAGAGGUUGGAGGCCACUUAUUGA